GGCUGUUGCGCGGUGACGUCAUAGGGUUAGCUUCUCAACAUGGCGACGGAGCAGGCAGGAGAGAUGGAGGGAGCACUAACCCAGCACAGGUCUCCUCACCCGGGCUUCAGCAAUGAGAAAUACUCCUUGCUUGUUAUUGUCGGGGAGUACAGCCGCCAGGGCCUGGUGGAAUACGUAGUUUCGGAAAUAGAGAGAGGGAUCCGCUCGUGGGACGUGGAGCUGACUGCCUGCAACCUGGACGAGCAGCUCAAGCUCUUCGUGUCGCGCCACUCCGCCUCCUUCUGCGAGGAGGUCAAAGGACAGAGGACCCUCCACCACAGCGGGGAUGUGCUUGAGACACAGGUCAUCGUUAACCCUUCGGAUGACUUUGUGUGCUCAGAGGUCCGGAGACUGAUCUCUGAUGUUUCACGACACAAGCUGCUGGUUCUUGCGGGUCAGUGUGUGGAGGACACUGGGGACCUCGUGUUGCAAACAGGCUGCUUUUCACUCCAGGAUUUCAUUCAGAUCUUCGCAGACAAAGAGAUUGGCGAGUUGCUGAGCUCAGCCGACCCCACACACAAAGCCAGUCUCACCUUGGCUUGUCCCGACUGUGGGGACUGGAAUAACUCCGUGCUGGAGAAACACAACCUCCAAGACUUCAUCGAGAUCAAAUCCAACCCCCCUGCCAUCCUCCCCGAGAUGGAGGGGCUGCAGGAGUUCACAGAAUACCUCUCGGAGUCCCUCGAACCCCGCUCUCCCUUCGAGCUCUUGGAGCAGCCCAACACAGUGGGCUUCCUGAAGCUUUCCAGGCCAUGCUGCUACAUCUUCCCAGGCGGGAGGGGGGACUCUGCCUUUUUCGCGGUUAACGGAUUCAAUGUCCUGGUCAACGGGGGCUCGGAUCCCAGGUCCUGCUUCUGGAAACUGGUGCGUCAUUUAGACAGGAUAGAUGCCGUACUACUGACCCACAUCGGCAUUGACAACCUGCCUGGGAUCAACAGCUUUCUGCAGAGGAAGACUGCAGAGGUGGAGGAAGAUCAGUCUGCAGGAUCCCAGAGCAACGAGGACUGGCUGAAGAAUCUGAUCUCCCCUGAGCUGGGGGUGGUGUUUCUCAAUGCCCCCGAGAGGCUCAAGACCAUAGAGAGCAAUCCAAAAGUGCUGAGGAGCUGCGAUCAAGUGGCACUGACCUUACAGCACCUGGACAGGUUGGGUAUUCGUCCAGAACCUCUCUGUCGGACCAACGCUGCAGUGGUGGAGCCAGUCAUCCUUUUCCAGAAGAUGGGGGUGGGCCGCCUGGAGAUGUACGUUCUCAAUCCUGUUAAGGGCAGCAAGGAACUAGAAGCCUUGAUGCAGAACUGGCCUGGCAACGGUUCCCCCAAAGACUCAGAGUGUCUGGCUUCCAUCUGUGCUCUUUUGAUCUGGCACCCUGCUAAUCCUUUGGAGAAGAUCAUCCGUGUUCUCUUCCCCGGCUGCACACCUCAAGGCAAGAUCUUGGAAGGCCUAGAAAAGAUGAAGCACCUGGAGUGUCUCAAGCACCCAGUGGUGAGCCAGAAAGAUCUGGAUGCCCCCAAAUCUGACAAACAACCCAAGAGGACGGAGAGCAGAGAGAGUCUUAAGUCUGGUCAGAGAGAUUCAAGAUCUGGUAGCAGUACACUGAAGGAUAAAUUGGUUCAGAAGAAACCAGAGACAAAAGGUAAGGAAAAAGGCAAAACUGCAUCAAGCGACUUGCCAAAAGAGGGGGCAGUCGGGAAGGAAGGGGAUGACAAACUAAAAGCUGACAUGAAGCCAAAGUCUACAAAGGAGAAGCCAGCAGCCAAAAAGGAUCCCUCAAAAGAUGAUAAAAGGGAGGUCAAGAAAAAGGAAGAGAAAGUCCCUGCUAAGAAAGAUGACAAUGGGGAGAAAAAGGAGGGGAAGAAAGAACUAGUGAAGAAGGACUUCAGCACAAAACUGAAGAAAGACCUCAAGGUGGAACCCAAGAAGGAAGUCAAAAAGGAUGUGACAGCAGAGGAGAAAAAAGUGACCAAGCAGCCAGCCAAAGAGGUCAGGAAAUCCAUGGGUGGUACAGCUGCCGCAGCAGACCCUAAGAAGCUACCUGGUAAAGCGGGUACACUGAAGAAGGAUGGAGUGACAGGGAAAGCUACACCUCUGGCCAAAGGUGCAAAACCAAAGACCCUUAAGAAGGAGUCUGAUCCCAAGAGCCAAUCAGCAGCUGGCCCUUCAGAAGAUGAUUCAGAACGUUCCAAGAUGUCCACUCCUGAGGACAUGACCGCAGAGUUUGAGAAGCUUAAAGAGGAGAGCAAAAGGGAGCAGGGUGGAGAUGCUGGAAAUAAAGCCAAGGGAGAGUCGACAGAUGAAGGGAUCACCGGGACAGAAAGCCAGCACGAUUGGUCACCCGAGGACAAAGGAACUAAUCACCAAAACGAAGGAGAAACGGCAGGAGAGGAAGAGUUUGAAAGCCCAGAGAAGUUCCGCAAUAUGGAGGCCAUCCCCAACCCCAUCAAAAGCCUGGGCCCCCCUUCUCCACUAGCAAAGACCCCGAAGAGUGACCGUAGUGUGAACUUCGACCUGACCCCUACAGAGUACAUGCUACUAGAGGGAGGCUUGAAGGAUGGAUUUCUAAAGAAUGGCCAGGAGGACCCAUGUGCCAGUUCGGAUGAGAAGACCCUGGAGAUGGUAUCUCCUCCAGAUUCAGGUCCUGCCAGUGCUGGUCAUACGCCUUUCAACCAGUCCCCAGUAGAGGAUGCCCUGGGCUCUGGAGAGGAAAGCAGUUUAGGAGGUAAGAUCUCCAGCCUGGUCUUUGAUGAUGCAAAGCUUUUGGGUUCUUGCAGGAAUUCUGAGUCCGGCUGCCCCAGGUCUGGCAUGGAAAACUCUUCUUCCUCCCAGUACAACCAAUCCAGCUUCCUAUCCCUUAGCCCCUUCAGGGACAUGAUGCCUGAUGUCUCCUCCACCAUCACCACCUCCUCCUUCCCAGCCGAAGUGGGUUCCCCCCAUUCCACGGAAGUGGACGAGUCUUUGUCGGUGUCAUUUGAGCAGGUACUGCCGCCGGUGAGUGAGUCUCCCCAAGAGGAGAUGAGCGACCGACCCUACUCUAACGGCCACUACUCUGUGGACCCAGAAGCCAAGGUGGGAAUGACGCUGCCUCUGAGGACGUCCCACAAUGUCCGUCCUCCCGGGGAUGGUUUGGAAGGGCGCAUCCCUCCACCCCAUGGUGUCCUGCCUCUGUCCGAGCUCCCUCCUCAUGACGUUGACCUCUGCCUGGUCUCCCCCUGUGAGUUCAAGCACCCCAAAUCCCUUGAACACCAGCUCUCCCCUGCCCUAGUCAACCCCAGUCCUCGGGAGCUCUCUGACGAUAGUGACCUUUCCCAGGAACUGGCCAAGCCUCUAACCGAGCGGCGGUCCUGCGCCAAUCGCAAAGCUCCCCAGGGCUGCGAGACACCGCCCACUUCCGCCAGCGAGUCUCUACCCACCCAGUCCGACUCGGACGUGCCUCCCGGUACUGAAGACUGCCCCUCUAUCACUGCAGACGGGGGCUUGGAUUCGGACGAUGAUUCCGAGAGCUUCCCUGCCCAGGACCGCCCCCUGUCGCGCUCCUCCCAUCGGGCCCUGUCAUCCCGGGACCCCCCUCCAGCCCCCAUGAAGGACCUCCCUCCCCUGCCCCCCCAGCCCGGCACCUGUAUGGUGAACCCCGAAGCCGAGCAGCAGGCGAAGAACGGCAAACGGGAUGCGACCAAGGUGAAGAAGCAGCUGAGCACGGGGAGGCCGAGCUCUGCAGGCGCUGCGCCCCAGAACACUAAAACAAAAGGGGCUCCGAGCGGCCCCGCUGCACCCAGAAACACCAAAAACACGCCCGCCAGGCCCUCCACUGCAGGCUCUGUGGGCAGUAGGACCCCCCCGGCCGGCACCCCUGUGUACCUGGACCUGGCGUACCUGCCCUCGGGCCGCGGCGCCCCCUCCGUCAACGUGGAGUUCUUCCGCCGGCUACGCUCCUCCUGCUACGUGAUCAGCGGCGACGAGCCCCUCAAGGAGAGCGUCAUGAGGCCCCUGCUGGACGCACUGCUGGACGGCAAGGCUCUGUGGGACAGCAACAUGCAGGUGACCUUGAUCCCGACCUUUGACUCUCUGGUGAUGCACGAGUGGUACCAGCAGACCCAUGAGCGGCAGCGUGAGCUGGCCGUCACUGUGCUGGGCAGCAACAGCACGGUGGCCAUGCAGGACGAGACCUUCCCAGCAUGCAAAGUGGAGUUCUGAGCGCCCCUGAAUCCAGCACGAACCUUUACCCAACAAACCCCCAUAACCCCACCCCUCACUCCCCCUUUAAUCAAACAGCUACAGCCACCAGUGAAACACAACCAGCCCUUUCAAGCUUUUCCACACUCCCGCGGUCAGCUGUCGGAGUACUGCAUGCAGCACUGCCAUGUUUAACAGCGUCACUCCCGCACACCAAGUCACUCUUGUGUUUUGAGAAACCACACUGGGCCAUCUUAAGAAAUUACCUGCAUCUGACAUGAGCAGAAGUAUCCUUUCUUUUUCACAGGGUGUUAUUGGGGUGUUUUUUCUUUUAGAGUUGCAUUUUCCUGCCUCGCGGAUCAGUCCCAAACUCCGCAGCAGACAUGACUGCAGCUAAUUCUGUGACGGUUUGAACUGAUUUUUCCUAAGGCUGUGUUCCUUUUAAGUUGUGUAGAAUAUCUUUGAAACAUUUUACCUGGGAUCAGAAAUAAAAAUUAGAAGUAACUUCAAAAUCACUUUUCUAUCUAUUUGAUGUCAAAAGAAAAAAAAAAAAGUUGACAUGGUUUAAAAAGAUUUUUUUUUUUUUUUUUUUUAAAGGACCAAUCCCUUGAAACUCCGCACUCCCUGUCCCCCAGGAUGUUGCCUGUGUUUGAGCUCCUUGUUUUGGAAGGUUCCCCCAUGCAGGAGACCCUUUUUGAUAUUCAGUUUUAUUUUUUUUAUUCACUGCACCCUUGCUUCCCCACUAGAGUAACUGGCUGAUGCUUUUGCAGAUUGGAGUCCCUGUGGGUUGGGUUUCUUCACUACCCUUGGAAAGCAUUCACUUGGACGCAUAAAAGCUGUUGCCGGAGAAUCCACAACCCAGCCAUGUGCUUUUAUAGGACUUCCUGUAUUAGUAGUCUUAGUGGACCAGUCUUGUACCUUUUACCAGAGCGAGCUCUGUAGUGUCGUUCCUGGUUUUAUGGUGUGAUCCUGUCGAUGGCAUUCCUGCACUUUUAUACAAAACACCUGUUGAUCCCUGAACUCUCACCAAAAUAGUAAAAAAAAAUAUUGUGUAACUGCAGUUACUGUAAUGCAUGAAUAUGCAGGCACACUGCUAAUGAUAUGGGGUGGGAAGUCUGUGAUCCAACUGCCCCUUGAAGAUUAACUAUAUUAACCUGUUAUGUGUGAUAACAUCUUAAUGCAAUCACUGGUUAAUUAAUUGCAUUAUAUUUACUAUCCCACAAUAUAAUAUAUAUAAUAUCUACUAGUAGUGCACAAACCAGUUCUUUGAUUAUUCCGAUCAAGCUCUCCUGAAUGUAAAAUAUUUACACAAAAAUAUCGUAAAAGUAAAAAAAAAAAAAAAAAAAAAAAGUGAUCUCCACAUUUGUAACGUGUCCCUGCCCCUUAUUUGUUACUUCUGGAGUAAUGCUGUAGUGUGUAGCAGGCUUGUGUCUUGUGUAUUUGUUAUUGACGCUUACAUUAGCCUAAUCUAUACACACAUAAUGCAUGCGCUUCAGAUGAGGUGGGGAGGUGGAGUACACGGAGGGUUGGAGCUGAAGGAACGGAUGCACUUUGAGGAACUGUCUGUGGAAAGGCUGCAAGUCUUAAAGCAGUUGAAGGAUUAAGGUUUAAUUUUUGCUUUGGGUAAAGGAAGUAUAGCUAGACGGGCAACGCUGUGGUUUCUUUGGCCAGGAUGUACUUCGUUCAAGACUUUCGCUCUGUUCCGACUCGUGUAAAGAUCGCCCUUGAUGAGGUGGUUAAUUGGCUAGAAAGAUGAAGAGCAUGCUGUACCCAACAGAAAGUUGAGACACAUUUCAUGGUUCGGUCAAGCGGUACAAAGGCCAAAUUGUGAAUUGCUAAAAAGAAUUGAAAUUUGAAAGAUAACAAAAAACAAACCAAUCUCCCUCACAUUUCAUACUUUUAUUCCCUUUUAAUAUUGAGGGUGUAAAUUAAAUAUAACAUAUCCUAAAUAUAAUACAGUACAUAUUUACUAUAAUCUUAGAUUAGCUUUAUAAAUGUGGUUGUGUGGGGUUUUUUUUGUUUUUUUUUCAAAUAUUUUGAGGAAAUGAAUAGGGCCUUAAACAGACAGACAAUGUAGAAUAUUAAUGAACAAUUCGGCAUGUUGGAGACUUCCUGUUAUGUAUGUUGCUAGGGGCAACAACAGAGGCCUGUUAACUCCUUGUUUACAUGUGCAGUAAUAGAUACAAGCUGUGACCUUGCAAAUUAGUGUUUUUUUUAUUUUUAUUUAACUGUACAAUUAUUCAACAUGUAUUCAUUCAAAUGUAAUGUAAAAAACAAAAAGAAGCAAAUUCAAUUGCCCAUCUUUAUUUAUUUUUGUUUUAAAUUAAUAUUGUGUUUUUUGUUUAUUUUUGGUUUUUUUUUUGCAGUAUCAAUUAAUUCAGUUUGGGAAGAUCUGUAAACUUUAGGAAUAACAGGUGCCUCCUAUUUGAAUUAAUCCUUUCCCCUUGAAGGACUAGUCUAAAGCAUCAGGUGGCUCUUUAGGUUAUAAUGUCUUCCCCUAAAAAUAACAAAACAAGUAAAUGCUCCUGAAGUUUCUGUUUGGCGAUUUGUUGUUGUGAGAUAUUCAGAAGGACAUUAUUCAUAAUAAACACAUGCCACCUGGUGGACAGAUAUGGUAAUUGUGACAGGAAACCCUGCUAUUGACACAUGUUGACAACAUUUACAUUCCCCCUCCCUCCCCCUUAUUUAAAACGUAAAACAAAACUCUGAAAAUAAGUGAUCAUGUUUGCUUAUUUGCGGUGUUGAAUGUUUGUAGCUCUAUCACAGCUGUAAGAAUCUGUCCUUGUGGGCUGCUUAGCUGCACAGUGAGACGCUUGUGAUUUUCCUGUGCUUUUGGUAACAGAGGGGAAAGGAGUGUAUUUUAAUGAAGGCUGAUUCAGUAUUGAACACUAAUGUUUUUUUCUUUCAAUAAAUAUGCUUCUUUUAUAACCCAA